UUUCCAGUUUUCUCAGUCAGACAUCAUGGUAUCUGUAGGCAGUGUUCUCAUAAGCCAGGGCCACGAGUUGAUUUCCGCUCGGCUUCAAUCCCGCGGACAGCCUCAAAAUUCAUCCUAUUUAUGGCAAUGGGUAGGCGGCUCAGUGGUCAUUUUAACGGUCCUUGCAUUUGGUUCGGCAUUGUUCUGGGUGGACUACACCUGCAAUCAUGUUAUUGCGACUCUGGCCGCUGUCGAAGACUCGAACCCGGAUACUUAUGUUCGGCUCGAUUGCGGAAAUUCUAACGAUUCCUGUGAUCCUGAUGGGACCGAGGUCGCAGGGGCAUCAACCACGAAGCCUAUCACUAGCGGGUUACGCUCGGCCGUUAAGCACCUAGGCGCCCGUGGUGGCAUCUGGUCGUACUUCCGUGGAUUUCGUAUGUAUCUGGCCUUCACCGGGUGGGACCUGGGCUUGGGCUUUCUACUCCCAUCUUUUGUUCCUGUGACGACCCACUCUCUGAUCAGCUUAUUUGUCGGGAGGUUCGUCGCUAGCAUGCUCCUGGCCACCUGGCACAUGGCUUGGGUUCAUCUUGUCAUCGCCGACCAAUCUCCUAAGAGCUCCUACCGGCGAAUGCUGGGCCUCCGGUAUUGGCCUAGAAUUGCUCCUGCGGCUGCCUUGUACAAUGGCCUCAUGUGUGCGACUUCCUCUCUACCCAUAGCCGCUGCAGAGCUCUCUAAAUGGCCCGUCAUGAACGUUACCACACCGAGACCUGAAAAGUUUCUCGGUUUCCUAGUCAAGGGCAUCCUCCCAGCUAUACUUUUCCUAGUGCUUUCCAUUCCCGCUAGGGCCAUAUUCACUCGUGUGGCUGCCUCGAUGCUGCCCGAGGAGGAUGACCCGAUUGUGCCCUUCGACCGGCGUUUUGGCGGCAAGGUGAAACCCGCAACGGUGGGUGGUGACAGCGGCCAUCUUAGCCUUCAGGAUGCAUGGACUAGCUUUGAUCGGGCUGCUUGCAUUCGCUACGUUAAAGUCACCCUAAAGGUUCUUGCUAUUGAGGUUGCACUAGGUGUAGUUGGGAUCCUUCUAAUCAUGGGCGAGGUGACUUUGACCUUGAAAUUAUUCAAUUAAGUACAGUUUUAUCCCUCUUAAGGUC